GUCUUCGCAUAACUUUCUUUCCAAACGAAACGGAUCUGUGAAAGCGCGUACGCUGAAUAAAGAAAUAACAAAUCGAUUUUUGCCGAUCGGUUAACAGAAUUUGAUCCCAAAACCAAUCAAUAUUCGUUUUCAGUAGUAAAUUCAGUUCAAUAAGAGAAAAAAAAUGAAAGUUUUGAUUUUAGCAACGGUUUGUUUGGCCGCUUGUGCUAUGGCACAACACCAUCAACUGCAACAGCAACAGCAACAACAGCAAUUCGAUCCAAAAUACGAUUUGAGCAGUACAACCACAUGGAUUCCAAUUUUAGCCUACAACAAAGAACAAGGUCAAGAUGGUAGCUACAAAGCAUCAUACAAAACUGGUAACAAUAUCGAUGCUCAAGAGACUGGCUUCAUUAAGGACAUUAACGAACAACAUCCAAAUGGAGUUCUCGUUCAACAUGGCGAAUAUCAAUACGAAGCACCAAACGGCGAAGUCGUGAAAGUUCAAUACACUGCCGACGAACACGGUUUCCGCGCUACUGGUGACCACAUCCCAACCGUACCUCCAAUUCCAUUGGAAAUUCAAAAAGGUUUGGAACAAAUCUACGAAGGUAUCAAGAAAAACGCUGAACGUGCAAAGUCAGACCCAGCUUUUGCUAAACAACAAGAGGCCCGUGCUCAAGCCGAUUACUAUGGCCACUACAUUCCAUCGAAAUAAAAUGGCAUAACAUUCGAAUGUUGUGUCCUAUUGUUUAGUUUAAAUUGAAAAGAAGAAACAAAAAAAAAUACUCUCUUUCCCUUUCUAUUUCGCCUUCAAUUCUUUCAACUUUCCCUCUACACGUUAAUUCCAUUCGGUUAAUUUUUGUUUGUACGAAUUCAGGCAGAACAAAAAAUGAAAGAAAUUGUGUUUUCUUUGUUGUUUUUAGUAAUUUUGUCCGAAAUUUUUUUUACAACUAAAAUGAAAAAUAGCUUUUCAAACAAAUGCGAAAAAAAUCUAAAGACUGUGAUUAAAUUCUGUAUAUAAUAUGCAAAAGAAAGAAGAAAUAAAAAAAAAACAAAUAAAGAUGAGAAUUACGCCAUUUCUGUUUUUAAAAA